ACUUUGUAGUUCUGUAUUUGCGUGAAUAAAUAAAACACAAAUUAUCGUUUUUAAUUUAAAUACAUUUAUACAGAUAACUUAUCAAAAUGCAAAUUUUCGUAAAGACUCUUACUGGAAAGACCAUUACCCUCGAGGUGGAGCCCAGUGACACGAUUGAGAAUGUCAAGGCCAAGAUUCAAGACAAAGAGGGUAUCCCUCCAGAUCAGCAGAGAUUGAUUUUCGCUGGUAAGCAAUUGGAGGAUGGACGUACACUUUCUGACUACAACAUUCAGAAGGAGAGUACUCUCCAUCUUGUCCUUAGAUUGCGCGGUGGUAUCAUUGAACCCUCAUUGGUCAUAUUGGCACAAAAGUAUAACUGUGACAAAAUGAUUUGCCGUAGAUGCUAUGCCCGUUUGCCACCAAGGGCUACCAACUGCCGCAAAAAGAAGUGUGGAAGAUGUAGCCAGUUAAGACCUAAGAAGAAGAUCAAGGGUGGAAACUAAUCACCUCACUACAACUUUUACUCUUUAUU